AUGAAAUUCAGAAACCUUGAUAUGAAAAUUGUUUCAGCCGGCAAUCUUCCAAAAGUUCGGCGUUUCUUGAAGAUGAAAGUCUAUGCCGAGGUUUACUUCAACGGAGAGCCCAAAACAAGCAUCCGAACCACCGUGGACAUGGCUGGAGAGAGGAACCCUAAAUGGGACCUCCAGCUCAAUUACACCAUCAACAAGGCCUCUCUCCGCAAGCCCGGGCUGGAGGUAGUGGUGAAGCUCUACUGCAAGAGAACUCGGGGAGACAAGUACAUCGGUGAAGUCAAUAUACCGGUCAAGGCCCUCUUCACCAGGCGUAGGGCUGGUCAAGAGGCGAGCUUCGAUGUAGCUGGGACCGAAAAUGGGAAGCUCAACAUUUUGUAUAGUUUUGGGAGGAUGUUUAGGGAUGAGGAGCCCUCCUGUUGGGUAGAGGCGAUCAGGGCCGGGCUCAGGGUCUUGUUCGUGGUGAUGGUACAGGGUACGUGGUUCGCCUUGUCUGGAGGCAUCUAA